ACCAAUGUCGAUCCAAGUAAGAGAAUAGAAGAUGCUAAGCUUGCAAGAGAUUUUCAAACUACCUUGCAAGAAUUCCAGAAAAUUCAACAGCUCGCCUCUGAGCGCGAGUCUACAUACUCACCCUUUGCCCAACCAUCUACUAUGAGCACAACCACUAGCUCAGUUGAAUAUCCAGCACCUACAAUGGACCAGGAGAACCAGCCAUUUCUCAUGGAACAGAAAAGGCAAGAGUUAUUACUGCUGGGAAAUGAAAUUGCAUUCAAUGAGGCCAUCAUGGAGGAAAGGGAUCAGGGUAUUAUAGACAUACAAGAUCAAAUUGGUCAAGCAAAUGAAAUAUUUAAGGACUUAGCUGUUCUAGUUCAUGAGCAGGGUGUUGUUAUUGAUGACAUUCACUCAAACAUUGAGGCUUCCUCUGCUGCAUCAACCCAGGCUAGAGUACAGCUAUCUAAAGCUUCCAAAACUGUCAAAUCUAAAUGUUCAUGGUGUUGGUGGGUGCUGGCAAUUUUCGUAGUGGUGUUGGUGAUCGUGUUCAUUGUCUUUAUCAUAUAGCAUGCGAGUACAAGUCUGCAGCUGUAGUGUGAGAUUUGUAGAUGAAACGUGUAGUGGUGCCUAUCCUUUCUAAUUGGUAUCCGUGUGUUGAAUCUUCAUGUUCUCUGUUGAAAAGAGAAAUUAAAAAUAAAACCGGAAAAGAGGGGAAAAGUGUGAUGGAUUUUAAUUUAUUUUAAGAAACAUGUGUUGGAGUGGAUGUUUUCUUUUUGCAGAGCCGGCCCUUUGUCGUGCUGUCCUGAGCAUGAACAAAUAGUGCAUCUGAUGUAUAUUUUAUGUUUGUUUUGGGUUUGAUUGUCAUAAUUGGUGUGAUUGGAACCAGCUCCUAUUGUUCUCCGAUUUGUGAUUUGUGAUUUGUGAUUUAUGAAGAGAAUGUAUUGCUUAGA